UACGCACUUGGCGGCCAUAUUUGUUCGUUAUUGUUUAGUGAUGAAUUGAAGAUCGUCUCGAUUUUUGUAUAUGAAAAUAAUUUGUGAAGGUUUCCUCUCAUGACUUGUCACGAGAUUCACAGAAAGGGAGAUAUAUUAGCCUUUGUUAAAUUGGGAACUGAGUGAAAGCUUCUCCACCAUCAUGAACAGUUCUUAUCAGAAGGUGUCACAAGACCCUGAUGAAAGUGAUGAUCGUCACAGAUCAUACCAGCCGUAUCAUGAUGAUGAGGAAGGCUACGAAGGAAAUUAUGGCUAUAACUAUGGAUACAACCCUUAUCGCCCUCCAGCUGGUGGGCUCAAAGGAAAGGUGGAACAGAAAUAUUGGCACACCAAACAAACCAUGAUACAAAAACUGGGAAAGGAGCAGGAUUGUUAUGUCGUGGCUGGGGAUGCUGAGGUUGAUGCACGGCUGGAGGCAUUUCGGCAUAUUCAGAAGACAUGCAUAGACAUACUGAAGGCAGUAGAAGUCUAUCAAAAUAGGAUAUUUGCUUUGUCUCAAGAUGAAAAUGAAAUGGGACGGUUUCUGCGAGAGCAGGGUUCUCAGGAUAAAUCAAAAGCUGGAAAAAUGAUGAUUGCUGUUGGCAAGGCUCAGAGUUACUCUGCACAGCAACGGCUUAGUCUUAGAACUCCGCUUGUGAGGCUUUACCAAGAAGUGGAGACAUUCCGUUUCCGUGCAAUCUCUGACACUUUCCAGACUGUAAAUCGAAUGGAACUGGCCAGAACAGACUACAGAGCUGGGCUCUUGUGGAUGGCAAACAUUUCUAAAGAGUUAGAUCCUGAAGAAUACAAAAGAUUAGACAAGUUUAGAGAGGUUCAAGGCCAAGUCAGGAAGGGUAAAAAGAAAUUUGAAAAGCUGAAAGUAGAUGUUAUGCAAAAGAUAGACUUGCUGUCUGCAAGUAGAUGUAACUUACUUUCAAGCACACUUGCUGCAUACCAGCAAGCGUUGCUUAAGUUUUGGGAAAACACUUCUCGCACUAUGAUACAAGUAUCAGAACAGUUUAAGGGGUUACCGGCAUAUCAGUUUCAAAUGCUGAAAAGCCUUAAUCCUCUGACUCUGGAAGGUGAUGACAAGGAGAAGGGAGAAGAAGGAAAGGAAACCAAACCUGUCAGAGAAUCUGAAGAUGACAAAAAAGAAUCAACUGCCUGUGGAGAAAAGAAAGAAGCUUCAAAAGAAGAUGAUGAUGAUCAAUUAAUUUCUCUGGAUCAUUCACCACUAGAAGAGAAAAAGACAGCUGAGGAUGAGAACAAAAAGGCUGAUAAUGAUGAUGACGAAGCACUCUUAGAAACAGAUUUAUUGGGAGAUGAUGAAGUGUCCAAUGGUAAUGUGGAUGAAAAAUAUGAAACGCCUUUCAUUGAUUUGCUUGGUGAUGAUGCUUUGAUGCCAUCAAACCACAGAUCAGGGACCAGUGAUCUUCUGUCAUCAUUUGAGGAUCAUCCAAGUAGUAAUGGACUUACAAGUCAUCGCUCGAUUAUGCCACCCAGCUAUGAAGAGGCAAAGCAAAUUCCUGUGCCUGGAAGUGAAAAUGCAUCAUCAAUGACGGCUGAUGAUCUGCUGUUUGGUUCCCCUACCAAGGAAGACAGAGCACCUGGAAACAAGUCAGAUAUUGAUAUCUUAAGUGAAAUUCUUGGCUCCAAUGGUUCCUCCAUGCAAGGUGUCGAGAGUGAGAAUAGCUUCAGCAAAACGUGGAAGGAUAUGUUCGGGGAUGAGCCAGUUGAGACUGCUCAGCCAUCUUUGCAGGAACCCAAUCAAUCAUGGUCCCAAGGGGGUUCCAACUUUAUGAUGCCCUCUGACCUCCUUAACAGCAUGGCUAGGUUUGAUCCAUUUGGCGAGGUACCAAGAGGCAACCCUCCCCAGCAAGCAGCAGGUGCGGCUUCAAAGAUGUCAGCUCCAAUGCAGGGAGGCAAGCGUCAAGAGGGUAAUCAAGGUUCACAGGCAAAACAGGCUUCAUUACUCGCAGGAAAAGCAAGUGACAAAGGGAAAGGAAAGGGGAAAAAAGGUUCUGACAUGUCUGCUUGGUUCAGUUUGUUCUCUGACUUGGAUCCCCUAGCCAAUCCUGAUGCAAUUGAUAAACAAAACAAAAAGAGUGAAGAAGACAGACAAUGUUAAGUACAUGUAAUUGAAAUCACAGAAUUUAUUUAUGGUGAAUUGUAUAAUGGCUGACACAAAGCCAGCUUGGAACUUCAAAACCAAGGUUAUGGAAGGUUGAAAUCAGAUUGAAAUCAAUUGGGGUGGGGUUAAUUUUUUGGUUACAUGUACUGUCCAUGAAUAAUAAUGAUAAAAAAAAACAGCAACAACAACAAGAAAGAUCAUUUCAUCUCAACAGAUGGUUUUAAAAUGAAUAUGUGCAAAUAUUUUGCAAGCAGAAACAAAAUAGCUGUGUAUAUCUCUUAAAACCCUGAAAUAACAGAUUCUUGAUUCUUCUUUUAGGACUAAAUAAAAUGUUUUGCUAAUUUGGCUUGUAAUUUUGAAUUAAAAUUGGCCAAAUAUUUUCAAAGUUUUGCUCAUUUUCUUCACAAAGUCAUUGUCUGCUAAAGAAAUGGUCAAAGGUUCUUUCAAAAUUAUAGACCACUGCUAGAGUUGUUUUUGAUUUUGAUAGCUGGUGAAUAAAUACUAGCAUGCUGGGAUUUUCCAUAAGGGACAGUAGAAGAAGAAAAAAGGCAAAUUUAAGCCUCUUUUAAGUUAUUGUUUAAGCGUUAUAAUAUUGUAUAUUUAAGUUUUCUAAGUGUUUGUUGGGUGUAUAUAUUACAGUCACAAUUACAUUCUUUGUGUAUGAAGACAUACACUGUAAGGGAGCAAAUGAUGGGCUUCAGUACUUUUUUCUUUCUUUCUUUCUGAAUAACAUGAGCAAGUUGUAAACAUUGUGUAGACCUCACCUUCAUGUCAACUGCCUGAUUUAUCAGUGUAGAUGCGUGUCUUAGGGAUGUCAGUAUGAUAAUACUGCUUGUUGUUUGAAAUCUUUACACCAUAAAACAUGUCGGAGAGUAGGGCUAUGAAAUUACAAUAGGAGCAAAGUUAUGGAAGGUUAAGACUAGGUUACAUGCCUUGUGACAUUAUUGAAAAUAAAGUCAUGUUUUACUUGAGUA